CGCAAUGACUCAAGGGCGCGAGCUUCCUGGCCCGUGCAACCCCGGCAUUGAACUCUGAGGUUGAUCUCGAAACGGGCAAGGGCAGGGGUCGAGAGCAGCAGCCGAAACCGCGCUUCGAGUUCAACUUGCCCGAUGGCCUGGUCACACCGAUCUGAACAUUUUGUGAAGAUCAAGUCAUUUCAAUUAGUCUCUUUUCAUUUCUCUUUCUUCUCUCCCAGUUGUUGGCAGAUCAUCCCUCACUCAAACCCUGUCAGCCAUGGCGCACUCACCGAACCCCCCUGGCAACAUCCCAACGCCUCGCAGACGAAUGCGGGAUGUCAUCGCGUGCCUCAUAUGCCUGGUUGCAGGUGCGUGGGCUCGGAAGUACUCGGCGACUCCAGGAGGUACUUUGAAUUCGAGCACACCACGGCAACCACCGUCAUGGUCAGGGUUGAUGAUUCUUCGAACGGCCAUUUUCUUUCCUAAGUAUACAACGCUGCGGGUUUCGUCGACUUAUCCGCCCUCAAGUCUCUCCCUUCGUAUACCCGAUAGUAGCUGUGAAAAAUCCCUGGACCGUGUGGCCAGGUAUCUGGCGGUAUGUAUACUAAGCCACCCUUUCUUCCUUUCGCCAAGUUCGAGUGGAGAUGCCAGAAAUCUUCGAAUAAAUGACUUGUACAAGAAGUUCGACAAAAUACCAACCAACUCCCCCUUUCCAUACGCCAGUGAUGCAGCUCUAUCGGCAUGAAUGAGCCCCAAAAACAUGCGAGCCCUCAUCUCGGACCAAAGCCCGAGCACCUCGUUGGCCCAGAUACCAAGUAGUAUGUUGUAGUCCCGGUGUAUCCCGU